UCCUUAUUUUUAUGACCAACAAUCUCCUCUCCUCACUUUCUGAGUCACAGUUCUUCAAAGUACUAAGUAGUAGAAUUCUUUGAUGGCAUUCACCCGAUACAAAUAUCGCCACCCGAAUUUGCUCAUUUUCCAUGUUUAUCUUCGCAGCAGCGCUCAAAAUUAUGAACAUACGAGGAUUCGCAAACACUAAUUUCCCUGGGGCUAGGCUUAUCCUCGAGUUUAUUUCGGAAAAUUCGAACAUUAGUCGGAAGUUACAUGUCGCAAAUGCAAUUGAAAAGCCCUUCGCACCAUUCACCUCCGCAGUGGUUUUCUACCCGUGAAACUCUUGAAUGGCCUGUUUCCUUUCAACUCCAAGAUGAUUCUGGAAUUGAAUAACUGUAGGUGUGGGAACCGGGGCUAUGAUUCCUCAGACUUUCCUUGGCGCCCUUCAGUUGAACCCGUUCUAUGCAGAAAUCUCUGUGAAAUCCUGCGAGGAACAAGGGAAAAUGUGUUUAAGUGUCUAGUAGGUAUAGAGCCUCGUUAUGGCGUUGUUAGGACAGGGCGAGGGAAAACGAGAUCAAGUUCUCCUUCAAUCGCUAUAGGGCACCGUCAUUCCGCGUUUCUUCGGCUCGGUCGAGCUGCCUACUCGGAAUCCUCCCACCUUGCAUGCACCAUCCUGUCACCGACUUUGCUUCAGGCAGGUUCCUCGAAUAUAUUGAUGCUCAAAGUCUUGAGGGAUAAGGUUACACCCCAGCACAAGCAGAGUGUAUAUCCCAAAACGUCCUCGCUGCCUAUCGACGCAUUACGGAUCCGAACUGUGUUGAACACUGGGACGCCCACCUGGGUAACAUUCUCCUGCAACCAGACCGACUUUGGACACACUAUUCUUCGAGAAGAAGCACACCAUAUGGUAAUGUGGAAGGCCUCAGGGUCGGGUAAUACGAAAGAAAUACAGCAGAGACUACUUAGCAAAGAUGGGGAAGCACUGUCCGGCGAGUUGCGGAAAUCUCCUACACACAGGAAAUCUACAGCGAGCAUUCUCUCGGGGGCUUUAUAUUACCUAGCAGAGGA